AUGUCCCACGAGCUGAUGGGUCUCAUAGUAUUGAGCGCCAUUGCUAUCAUUGUGUUCUUGCCGAUCUUCAUGUUUCGUUGCUAUCACAACCACCUCAUGCAGUAUCAAACUAGAGCCCUCGAUGUUGAGCAAACAAACCAUGCAACGCGACUCUUCGCUCGUUUUCGGGCCGAGUUUAUGCAACAACAGCAGUCGAUAGCAGCACCGCCUCCUCGAUCGAACACGGCGGAGGAAGAAGCCGCCUCCAUUGUCACGAAGGUCGCUUAUAGAGACAUCAAAACGACGGAGGAAGCCGAUGUCGAUGACUACUGUGCCAUUUGCAUUGAAGGGUUUGAAGAGGAAGAGAUUUGUGGAGUUCUUGAUCGUUGUGGUCAUUGUUUCCAUAAGGUUUGUAUCGAUCAGUGGUUGAGGAUCGGGAGUCGUUGCCCUUUGUGUCGCUGUUUGAUUCGUGUUGUAUCGGAGAAUAAUAAUUCGUAA